AUGGUACAACGACGAAUGGCACGGAAGAAAUUUAGUGGAUUAGAAGUCACUCUGAUUGUCCUGUUUGCCAUAGUUACUAUAAUAGCUAUUGCCCUUGUUGUUGUUUUAGCAACUAAAACACCUGCUACUGAAGCUACUACUACAGAUCCUUCAAGCUCAGGAAGAUGUCCAAAUGAAAUAAAUGAUCCCAUCAAUGAGAGAAUAAACUGCAUCCCAGAACAAUUUCCAACACAGGCACUUUGUGCACAGCGAGGCUGCUGCUGGAGGCCAUGGAAUAGCUCUGUCAUUCCCUGGUGCUUCUUUGUAAACAACCAUGGCUACAACGCUGAGGGGCUGAGGACAACGAAUACUGGACUUGAAGCCAAUUUAAACAGGAUAUCUUCACCUACUCUGUUUGGAAAUGACAUUAACCGUGUUCUCUUCACAACUCAGAAUCAGACACCAAAUCGGUUCCGGUUCAAGAUUACCAAUCCAAGUAACAGACGCUAUGAAGUUCCUCAUCAGUUUGUGCAAGAAUUUACGGGACCCGCAUCUACUGAUACAUUGUAUAAUGUGCAGGUUACGGAAAGGCCAUUUGGCAUCAAAGUUAUUAGACGAAGCAAUAAUCGAGUUUUAUUUGACACCAGUGUUGGUCCCCUGGUAUACUCUAACCAGUAUUUACAGAUCUCAGCCAAACUUUCCAAUGAAUACAUUUAUGGUAUUGGGGAACAUAUUCAUAAGAGAUUUCGUCAUGACUUAAAUUGGAAAACAUGGCCAAUCUUUACUCGGGAUCAACUUCCUGGUGAUAAUAAUAAUAAUUUAUAUGGCCAUCACACGUUCUUCAUGUGCAUUGAAGAUGUUUCUGGGAGGUCAUUUGGUGUUUUCUUGAUGAAUAGCAAUGCAAUGGAAAUCUUCAUCCAGCCUACUCCAAUAGUAACGUACAGAGUUACUGGUGGCAUUCUGGACUUCUACAUAUUUCUGGGAGAUACUCCAGAACAGGUCGUUCAACAGUAUCAACAGCUCAUUGGACUGCCUGCAAUGCCAGCAUAUUGGAGUCUUGGAUUCCAGCUGAGUCGCUGGAAUUAUAAUUCACUAGAAGUAGUGAGAGAAGUGGUAAGAAGAAACCGAGAAGCUGGCAUACCAUUUGAUACACAGGUCACUGAUAUUGACUACAUGGAGGACAAGAAAGACUUCACUUACGACGCAGUUCAAUUUAAUGGUCUCCCUGAAUUUGUUCAGGAUUUGCAUGACCAUGGGCAGAAAUAUGUCAUCAUCUUGGACCCUGCAAUUUCCAUAGGAAGACGCGCCAAUGGAGCAGCAUAUGAAACCUAUGAGAGGGGAAACAGACAGCACGUUUGGGUCAAUGAGUCAGAUGGCAGGACACCAAUUGUUGGAGAGGUAUGGCCAGGAUUAACAGUAUAUCCAGACUUCACUAGUCCAAGCUGCAUAGAGUGGUGGGCAAAUGAAUGCAGUCUUUUCCAUCAGCAAGUACAAUACGAUGGACUUUGGAUUGACAUGAAUGAGGUUUCCAGCUUUAUUCAAGGUUCAAGGGAAGGAUGCAGCGCCAACAACUGGAAUUAUCCACCUUUUACUCCCGAUAUUCUUGACAAACUCAUGUAUUCCAAAACAAUUUGCAUGGAUGCUGUACAGAACUGGGGGAGACAGUAUGAUGUCCACAGCCUAUAUGGAUACAGCAUGGCUAUAGCCACAGAGAAAGCUGUAGAAAGAGUCUUUCCUAAUAAGAGAAGCUUCAUCCUUACCCGGUCAACUUUUGCUGGAUCUGGAAGACAUGCUGCUCAUUGGUUAGGAGACAAUACUGCAUCCUGGGAACAAAUGGAAUGGUCAAUCACUGGAAUGCUGGAGUUUGGUUUGUUUGGAAUUCCAUUGGUUGGAGCUGAUAUCUGUGGAUUUGUGGCUGAUACCACAGAAGAGCUUUGCAGAAGAUGGAUGCAACUUGGGGCAUUUUACCCAUUCUCCAGAAACCAUAAUGCUGAUGGAUAUGUGCCUCAAGACCCUGCAUAUUUUGGACAGAAUUCACUUUUGGUUAAUUCAUCAAGGCAUUAUUUAACUAUUCGCUACACCUUACUGCCGUUCCUCUAUACUCUGUUCUAUAAAGCCCAUCGCUAUGGAGAAACAGUUGCAAGGCCAUUUCUUCAUGAGUUUUAUGAGGACACAAACAGCUGGAUUGAAGACACUCAGUUCUUAUGGGGCCCUGCACUACUUAUCACUCCUGUGUUGAAACAGGGAGCAGAAACAGUGAGUGCAUACAUCCCUGAUGCUACCUGGUAUGAUUAUGAAACUGGUGCAAAAAGGCCAUGGCGAAAACAACGUAUUGAUAUGCAUCUUCCAGCAGACAAAAUCGGAUUACAUCUUAGAGGAGGUUAUAUUAUCCCCAUUCAAGAACCUGACGUAACGACGACAGCAAGCCGGAGAAAUCCACUGGGACUUAUAGUUGCGUUGAACGACGAUAACACAGCACAAGGGGACUUUUUCUGGGAUGAUGGAGAAACUAAAAAUACCAUAGAAAGUGGCGAGUACAUAUUUUAUACAUUUUCAGUUUCUAACAACAAUUUAGCUAUUACAUGCACACAUUCAUCAUACCCAGAAGGAACCUCCUUAGCAUUUGAGUCUAUAAAAGUCCUUGGUGUGACAGACACUGUUACACAAGUUACUGUGGCAGAAGCGAACCAACAGAUGAGUGCUCACGGCAAUUUCACUUAUGAUCCUUCCAACCAGAUUCUCCUAAUUAGCAAUCUUCAAUUCAACCUUGGAAGAAGCUUUACUGUUCAAUGGAAUCAAGUUUUCUUAGACAGUGAAAGAUUUACUUGCUAUCCAGAUGCAGAUCUUGCAACUGAGGCAAAGUGCUUGCAGCGUGGCUGUGUAUGGGAAACGGCUACUUCUGAUUUCAGAGCACCUGAGUGUUACUUUCCUAAACAAGACAACCCUUAUUCAGUCAAUUCAAUUCAGUAUUCAUCAACUGGUGUCACAGCAGACCUCUCCUAUAAUUCUGCUAAUGCUAGGAUACAACUGCCUUCUGUACCCAUCCAAGCUCUUCGUGUGGAAGUGAAAUAUCAUAAAAAUGAUAUGCUACAGUUUAAGAUUUAUGAUCCCCAAAAUAAGAGAUAUGAAGUUCCAGUCCCAUUAAACAUUCCAGCUACUCCAACAAGUACUUAUGAAAAUAGACUUUAUGAUGUUGAAAUCAAAGAGAAUCCGUUUGGUAUCCAGAUUCGACGGAGAAGCAGUGGAAGAGUUAUUUGGGAUACUCGCCUGCCUGGAUUUGCUUUUAAUGACCAAUUCAUUCAAAUAUCUACUCGUCUGCCAUCAAGAUAUAUAUAUGGUUUUGGAGAAGUAGAACACCCAACAUUUAGGCAUGAUCUGAACUGGCAGACUUGGGGAAUGUUCACGAGAGACCAACCUCCUGGAUAUAAACUUAAUUCCUAUGGAUUUCAUCCCUACCACAUGACACUGGAAGAAGAGGGCAAUGCCCAUGGAGUUCUCUUACUCAACAGCAAUGGAAUGGAUGUUACAUUCCAACCAACUCCUUCUCUAACUUACCGCAUAAUUGGAGGAAUCUUGGACUUUUAUAUGUUUUUGGGCCCAACUCCAGAAGUUGCAACACAGCAAUACCAUGAAGUAAUUGGCCACCCAGUCAUGCCGCCAUAUUGGGCUUUAGGAUUCCAAUUAUGUCGUUACGGGUACAGAAAUACUUCAGAGGUUGAACAAGUUUAUAAUGAAAUGGUGGCUGCGCAAAUCCCCUACGAUGUUCAAUACACAGACAUUGACUACAUGGAAAGGCAAUUAGACUUCACAAUUGGUGAAAGAUUCUCUGACCUUCCUCAAUUUGUUGAUAGAAUAAGAGGAGAAGGAAUGAGAUACAUUAUUAUUCUGGAUCCAGCAAUUUCAGGAAAUGAAACACAACCUUAUCCUGCAUUUGAAAGAGGACUGGAGAAAGAUGUCUUUGUCAAAUGGCCCAAUACCAAUGAUAUUUGCUGGGCAAAGGUUUGGCCAGAUUUGCCCAAUAUAACAAUAGAUGAAACUCUAACUGAAGAUGAAGCUGUUAAUGCUUCGCGAGCUCAUGUAGCUUUUCCAGAUUUCUUCAGGAAUUCCACAGCAGAGUGGUGGGCAAGAGAAAUUCUAGAUUUCUACAAUGACAGGAUGAAGUUUGAUGGUUUGUGGAUUGACAUGAAUGAGCCAUCAAGCUUUGUGAAUGGAACAACUAGUAAUCAAUGCAGAAAUAGCCAGCUAAAUUUCCCACCUUAUUUUCCAGAGCUCACGAAAAGAACGGAUGGGUUACAUUUCCGAACUAUGUGCAUGGAAACUGAGCAGAUUCUCAGUGAUGGGUCAUCAGUUUUGCAUUACGACGUUCACAAUCUUUAUGGGUGGUCACAGAUAAAACCCACUUAUGAUGCAUUGCAGAAGACAACUGGCAAACGAGGGAUUGUUAUUUCUCGUUCUACGUAUCCUACGGGUGGACGUUGGGGAGGACACUGGCUUGGAGACAAUUAUGCAAACUGGAACAAUUUGGACAAAUCUAUUAUUGGUAUGAUGGAAUUUAGUCUCUUUGGAAUAUCAUAUACUGGAGCAGACAUCUGUGGUUUCUUCAACAAUUCAGAGUAUCAACUGUGUACCCGCUGGAUGCAACUUGGAGCAUUUUACCCUUACUCAAGAAAUCACAACAUUGCCAAUACCAGAAGACAAGAUCCUGCAUCCUGGAAUGAAACUUUUGCUAACAUGUCGAGGAAUAUUCUAAAUAUUAGAUACACUUUAUUGCCAUAUUUCUAUACGCAAAUGCAUGAAGUUCAUGCUCAUGGUGGCACUGUUAUCCGACCACUUUUGCACGAGUUCUUUGAUGAAAGGCCAACCUGGGAUAUAUUCAAGCAGUUCUUAUGGGGUCCAGCAUUUAUGGUUACACCUGUCCUAGAACCUAAUGUUGAGACUGUGGAAGGCUAUGUUCCCAAUGCUCGAUGGUUUGACUACCAUACACGCCAAGAUAUUGGCAUCAGGGGACAAUCUCACUUGUUUGAUGCUCCGUAUGACACAAUAAACCUACACGUCCGUGGUGGUCACAUCCUACCAUGUCAAGAGCCUGCUCAAAACACCUUUUACAGUCGCCAAAAUUACAUGAAGCUCAUUGUUGCUGCAGAUGAUAAUCAGAUGGCACAAGGAACUCUGUUUUGGGAUGAUGGUGACUCUAUAGACACAUAUGAAAGAAGUCAAUAUAUCUUGAUACAAUUUAAUUUAAACCAGACCACUUUGACCAGCACUAUAGUGGAAAAUGGUUACAUAAAUAAAAAUGAAAUGAGGCUUGGAUUAAUCGAAAUAUGGGGGAAAGGAAACUCUGCAGUCAGUCAGGUUAAUCUUCAAUACAAUGGAAAUCAAGAAUCAGCUGGCUUUUGGACAGAACAAGGCAACCAAGUAUUGAUCAUAGAUCUGGCGCCGAACAGUGUGACUCUAGAUGAACCAAUAGUACUCACCUGGUCAUGAAGAUCAACGCUGAAUCCAGCUGUCAGAUGGCAAUUCAUUCCUGGAUUAGUUCAUUGCAUUUAUAAUGUUCCCUCUUUUCCUGGCAUCUCAUAUUUUUAAAAAUGUAACUUUUUAAGAUGUCAUAAAAGUUAUUACACCAUAUACAUUAAUGAUGAUGCUAACUUUAUCAUACUAAUGUGGUCUAAAUUCAAUUUUUAACAUGUUUUGAGAAUUUGAAUAGUUCCCUUUACCCUUAAGUAGCAGCUAACACUGUAUACGAGUUUAUGUGU